AUGGCGUCCAUCCUCUCUGCUCUUCUCUGCCUCGGGCUGAGUCUGGACCAGAGGACCCGAGUGCAGGCAGGGAGCCUCCUCAAACCCACCCUCUGGGCUGAGCCAGCUUCUGUGAUGUCCUGGGGGAGCCCCGUGACCAUCUGGUGCCAGUGGACCGGGGAGGCCAAGGAGUUCUGUUUUCACAAAGAGGGAAGCAUAUUGCUGUGGGGCAGAGUGAAACCACUAGAUCCGAUGGACAAGGGCAUGUUCAGGAUCACAAGCCUGACACAGCAUGGUGCUGGGAUAUAUGACUGUCACUAUCUCAGCCCUGAUGGUUGGUCAGAGCGCAGUGACCCUCUGGAGCUGGUGGUGAUGACAGGAGCCUAUAGCAAACCCAGCCUCUCAGCCCUGCCCAGCCCUGUGGUGCCCUCAGGGGGGAAGGUGACCCUCCAGUGUGGCUCAGGGCAGAGAUUUGACAGGUUCAUUCUGACUAAGGAGGGAGAUCACAGGGUCUCCUGGACCCUGGACUCACAGCCACAGCCCAAUGGGCAGUCCCAGGCCCUGUUCCCUGUGGGUCCUGUGAGUCCCAUUCACAGGUGGAGGUUCAGAUGCUAUGGUUCUUACAGGAACAGCCCCCAGGUGUGGUCAUACCCCAGUGAUGCCCUGGAGCUCCUGAUUCCAGGUGAGUCUGGGAAGCCCUCCCUCCUGAGCCAGCAGGGCCCCAUCGUGUUCUCUGAACAGAGACUGACCCUCCAGUGUCGCUCUGAUGUCGGCUAUGACAGAUUCGCUCUGCACAAGGAGGGUGAACCGGACCUCUCCCAGAGCCUUGUCCUGCAGCCCCAGGAUGGGCUCUCUCAGGUCCACUUCCCCCUGGGCACUGUGAGCAGCUCUCACGGGGGCCGGUACAGAUGCUACGGUGGAUACAACCUCUCCUCUGAGUGGUCGGCGCCCAGUGACCCCCUGGACAUCCUGGUGGCAGGACACCUGCCUGACAGACCCUCCCUCUCGGUGCAGCCAGGCCCCAGGGUGGCCUCAGGAGAUAACGUGACCUUGCUGUGUCAGUCACAGAGCCCGAGGGACACAUUCCUUCUGUCCAAGGAGGGGGCAGCCGUUCCCCCCCUGUGUCUGAGAUCAAAGCACAGAGCUCAGCAGUCCCAGGCUGAGUUCUCCAUGAGUCCUGUGACCUCAGCCCAUGGGGGCAUCUACAGGUGCUACAGCUCAAACAGCACCUCCCCCUUCCUGCUGUCACUCCCCAGUGAGCCCCUGGAGCUCCUCAUCUCAGGUCUUGAAUGGAAACUGAUCAUCCUGAUGGGGAUCUCGGUUACCCUCGUCCUGCUACUCUCCCUCCUCCCCUUCCUCCUCCUCCGGCACCAAUGUCAGAGCAAAGGCAGGACAUCAGAUGCUGUCAUGAAGGACCCACAGCCUGGGGAUAGCGUGGAGCUGGACCCUCAGCAGAACAGGCAGGAUGAAGACCCCCAGGGAGUGACAUAUGCCCAGGUGAACCUCUCAAGACCAAGACCCAGGCAGGGAAUGGCCACCCCUCCUUCCUCCAUAUCAGGGGGAUUACUGGAUAAGAAGGGCCGACAAGCAGAAGAGGACAGACAGAUGGACAGUCAGGCUGUCACCUACGCCCAGCUGAACCACUUGACCCUCAGACAGAAGACAUGUGCAUCCCCUUCCUCCCUGUCAGAGGAGCCCCCAGAUGAGCCCAGUGUGUAUGCUGUCCUGUCGGUCUACUAG